GCCGCCUCCGACCCAGCGCAGUGGCCUCCUUUUGGAUCUCUCGGGCUUCCUCCCGCUAGCUGCGGCGACUACAGCGCGAGCGGCGCCGCCCUCCGCCGGGCCUUCCGUCGCGCGCUUCGCCGGCCACGAGCGUCCGGCAGAUUACUGAGCUAAAAUGAGAGUGGCAGGUCACAAUGAUCCAUUAUUAGGUGAAACAACAUGUGGAUCCUUGCUACAGCAACUUCAGCUGAUUUGGGAUGAGGUUGGUGAAAGCGAUGAAGAUCGUGACAAGAUGUUACUUCAGCUAGAGCAAGAGUGCUUAGAUGUUUAUAGGAGAAAGGUCGAUCAGGCUUCUAGCUCCAGGGCACAUCUCCUUCAACAGCUCGCCAACUCCAAGUCUGAGCUGACUAGACUCCUUUCUGCAUUAGGAGAGCUAUCUGUUUCUGGCAUUCCUGACAAGACAACUGGUACAAUCAAGGAGCAACUAGCAGCUAUAUCACCAUCUUUGGAUCUACUAUGCAAGAAAAGGGAUAGUAGGGUAAAAGAGUUUGCCGACGUACAACUUCAGAUUCAGACACUUCGUGGUGAAAUCGCCGGGAAUCUACAAUUUGGUGAACACUUGGAAACACCCCAUGUUAAUGAGGAUGAUCUUUCAGUAAAGAAAUUAAAUGAAUUUCUUUUUGAACUACAAGCUCUACAAAAGGAAAAGAGUAAUAGGCUCAACAAGAUUCUUGAAUCCGUGGGUUCAGUGCAUGAUCUUUGUUCUGUACUCGGCAUGGAUUUCGUAGGCACAGUUACUGAAGUUCAUCCUAGCCUUGAUGACGCUGUUGGUAUUCAAGCCAAGAGCAUUAGCGAUGAAACUUUAUCUAAGCUGUCUAAAAUGGUGAUUGGACUUCAAGAAGAAAAAUCAAAGAGGUUUACAAAGAUCCAAGCCCUAGCAUCCCAGCUAUCUGAUCUUUGGAACUUAAUGGAUGCCCCUAUGGAGGAAUGCCAACCUUUUCAUCACAUCACAUGCAAUAUGUCCUUAACUUUGGAUGAGGUGACAGUUCCAGGAGCUCUGGCUCUUGAUGUCAUUGAGCAGGCUGAACUUGAAGUUGAAAGGCUCGAUCAGCUAAAAGCUAGUAGGAUGAAGGACAUCGCAUUCAAGAAGCAAACUGAACUUGAAGAUAUAUAUGCCCGGGCUCAUAUUGCAAUAGAUUCUAGUGCUGCCAGAGAUAGAAUAAUGUCUAUUAUUGAAUCUAGUAGUUUCGAGCCUUCGGAACUACUGGCUGAUAUGGAGAACCAGAUACUUAAAGCAAAUGAAGAGGCAUUAAGCAGAAAGGACAUAUUGGAGAGGGUUGAUAGGUGGAUGUUAGCAUGUGAAGAAGAGAGCUGGCUUGAAGACUAUAACCGGGAUGAUAACAGGUACAGUGCAACUAGGGGUGCACAUCUGAAUCUUAAGCACGCGGAAAAGGCUCGUGUCUUGGUCAACAAGAUUCCAGCGAUCGUUGACACGCUGGUUGCAAAGACGCGGGCUUGGGAACAAGAGCACGGCAUGGCAUUCACCUAUGAUGGUGUUCCUCUCCUUGCGAUGCUGGAUGAAUACAAAGUUCUGAGGCAGGAGAAGGAAGAAGAGAAGCGAAGAAUGAGGGAGCAGAAAAAGAUCAAUGAUCAGCUAGCCGCAGAACAGGAGAAGCUGUUCAGUUCGAAGCUGACCCCAGUGCGGCCCCAGUCCUCAAGGAAGGUGGCUGGAGCCCGGGCUAAUGGUGGCGGUGGUGCAGUUAAUGGCACGCCGGUCCGGAGGCUCUCGGCCCUCCAGAGCGGGGGCAGGACUGCGAGCCGGGAUGGGCGGAGGGACGUGAGCAGGCCGGUGGCUCCGGUGAACUACGUCGCCAUUGCCAAGGAUGAUGCGGCCUCGCAGGCGUCCAGCAACCACACUGGGCCCUCCACGCCCUGACCAUUGUUGGUAGGUACUACUAGGUAGCAACCAUUGUGACGGUGCUAGAGAUAUACCAGUGCAGUAGUAAAGAGAGCUGGCCAGAUUGGAACGGUGGCGGCGGCUGCGGGUUCCGUCGUCGGUGCUUCUUCUCAGGCGACGGUGGUGCGGUGUAGAUUGGAAUUGGGUGCAGGAUAUGGAAUGGAAACAAACGAUGCUGGAUAUGAAUAUGAUCUCUCAGUCU